AUGGGAGCUAAUCUAAGAGUUGCUUUGAAGGAGUUGGGAACUCCCGGCGCUUAUAGAUUUGAGAGUGGCAUAGCUCCACCAUCAACUCCCGCCAAUGACUUUGAGAUAAGACCGGCAAUGAUAACAAUGAUAGAACGAAGGAAAUUUAGUGGUGCCAAGCAUGAAAGCCCACUAAACCAUCUCAAAGAGUUUGAGAAGUAUUGUAAUACCAUCAAGGUCAAUGGGGUUUCUCAAGAGUUCAUAAGGCUCAAGCUUUUUGCGUUUUCUCUAAUCGGAAGGGCUUCGGAAUGGUUGGACAAGGAAGUGAAACCUAAUUCCUUAAGAACUUGGGAUGAGGUUACUAAGGAGUUUCUUUCUCGCUUCUAUCCUCAAAAGAAGACAGCCGAGGCAAGAACUCUAAUCCAAAGUUUCAAGCAAAAGCCUAGUGAGAGUUUGUAUGAGGCUUGGGAAAGAUACAAGGAGUAUCAACGUGAAUGUCCUCAUAAUGGAAUUCCAACUUAUCAAAUAAUACAAAUUUUCUAUGGACGAUUGAGCCCCAAAGGUAAGUCGUGUCUUGAUGCCGAAGCCAGAGGCCCAAUUAUGAACAAGACCAAAGAAGAGGUUAUAGAUAUAAUUGAGGAUGUAGUUCGUCACUACAUGGAUUGGCAAGAGGGAGAGAAAGAGUCCAUAAGCAAGAGUGGCUCAACAGUUUAUUCGGUUGAUCAUCUUAACGCAAUCAAUAACUUGUCUUCCGUAAUCUCAAACUUGGGCAAGGAGAUGACAUUGAUUAAAGCCAAGCUAGAGAGUGCCUCUACGAUUGCACCAAGUCUUCUCUCCCACAUAAAAGGGAGAGGUACACCUUCUAACUCUACUCCUCCUUCUACUUCGAGUAAUAUGCAUAGUGGUUGUGUCUUUUGUGAUAUUUGUGGGUCCUAUGACCAUGAUUCUUCAAAUUGUCCAAAUGGUUUUGAGAAUUGUGAUGGUGUUAAAAACAAUGAUUGUGAGCAAGUGAAUUUUGUUUCCAAUAAUAACAAUGGACAAAGAUUUGAUUGUCCAAGGAAUUUUUGGAUUAGGAAUUCUCACCAAAAAGGUAGUUUUGAUAACUACAACAAUGGUGGUUUUAGGAACCAAGGAAAUUAA